AGAAACUCAGGAGAAAAUCUUUCUAGGGGAAAUGUAAACUCACUGGGUAGAAUAAUGUAUCAAAACUGGGAAGUAACAUUCAGUUGCCAAUUGUUCUCAACUUUCAAGCCACUGUCCAGGAAUACAGGAAGAAUUCAGAGCCACCUCCCCCUUUUUUUUUCUUUCUUUUCAAGGAGGCGGAGCUAAAGAUUUAGUCUGGAAUUCAGAUGCUCAUUAAUGACUUGCUCUGUGGCAGCUAGACCAAGAGAAUAGCAGUGGCUCUGCUACGCAAGGCACAAAGCUCGUGCUACGGAAUGGAAACCACUGCCUGUCCCUUCAGGGAGUCCAGUUCUCUAGGACCUCAUGAACUCUAUUUUAAGAAACUUUCAACAAGAAAGAAACAAGUCAUGGAGAAGAAUGGGAACAACCGGAAGCUCCGGGUCUGUGUUGCCACUUGUAAUCGUGCUGAUUACUCGAAACUUGCUCCCAUCAUGUUUGGCAUCAAAACAGAGCCUGAGUUCUUUGAACUUGAUGUGGUGGUCCUUGGCUCACACCUGAUAGAUGACUAUGGAAACACAUAUCGAAUGAUUGAACAAGAUGACUUUGACAUUAACACGAGGCUACACACAAUCGUUAGGGGGGAAGAUGAAGCAGCCAUGGUGGAAUCAGUAGGCUUGGCCCUAGUGAAGCUCCCAGAUGUCCUUAAUCGCCUAAAGCCUGAUAUCAUGAUUGUUCAUGGAGACAGGUUUGAUGCCUUGGCUCUGGCUACGUCUGCUGCCUUGAUGAACAUCAGGAUCCUUCACAUUGAAGGAGGGGAAGUCAGUGGGACUAUUGAUGACUCCAUCAGACAUGCCAUAACAAAACUGGCUCAUUAUCAUGUGUGUUGCACCCGAAGCGCAGAACAACACCUGAUAUCCAUGUGUGAGGACCAUGAUCGAAUUCUUUUGGCUGGCUGCCCGUCCUAUGACAAGCUCCUCUCAGCCAAGAACAAAGACUAUAUGAGCAUCAUUCGGAUGUGGCUAGGUGAUGAUGUAAAAUGUAAAGAUUAUAUUGUUGCACUGCAGCACCCUGUGACCACUGACAUUAAGCAUUCCAUUAAAAUGUUUGAAUUGACACUGGAUGCACUUAUCUCGUUUAACAAGCGGACCCUAGUUCUGUUUCCAAACAUUGAUGCAGGGAGCAAAGAGAUGGUUCGAGUGAUGCGAAAGAAGGGCAUCGAGCAUCAUCCCAACUUCCGUGCCGUAAAACAUGUGCCCUUUGACCAGUUUAUACAGCUGGUUGCCCAUGCUGGUUGUAUGAUUGGGAAUAGCAGCUGUGGAGUACGAGAGGUUGGAGCUUUUGGAACACCUGUGAUCAACCUAGGAACACGGCAGAUCGGAAGAGAAACAGGGGAGAAUGUCCUUCAUGUCCGGGAUGCUGACACCCAAGACAAGAUACUGCAAGCGCUGCACCUCCAGUUUGGUAAACAGUACCCUUGCUCAAAGAUCUAUGGGGAUGGCAAUGCGGUUCCGAGGAUUUUGAAGUUUCUCAAAUCUAUUGAUCUUCAAGAGCCACUACAAAAGAAAUUUUGCUUUCCUCCUGUGAAGGAAAAUAUCUCUCAAGAUAUUGACCACAUUCUUGAAACUCUGAGUGCCUUGGCUGUUGAUCUUGGUGGGACAAACCUCCGAGUUGGAAUAGUCAGCAUGAAGGGUGAAAUAGUUAAGAAGUAUACUCAAUUCAAUCCUAAAACUUAUGAAGAAAGGAUUAACUUAAUCCUACAGAUGUGCGUGGAAGCUGCAGCAGAAGCUGUGAAACUGAACUGCAGAAUUUUGGGAGUAGGCAUUUCCACAGGUGGCCGUGUAAAUCCUCAGGAAGGAGUUGUGCUACAUUCAACCAAACUGAUACAAGAAUGGAACUCUGUGGACCUCAGGACGCCCCUGUCUGACACACUGCAUCUCCCCGUGUGGGUAGACAAUGAUGGGAAUUGUGCAGCCAUGGCAGAAAGGAAAUUUGGUCAAGGCAAAGGACUGGAAAACUUUGUUACACUUAUAACGGGCACAGGGAUUGGCGGUGGGAUCAUCCACCAGCACGAACUGAUCCAUGGCAGCUCCUUCUGUGCCGCAGAGCUUGGCCACCUUGUUGUGUCUCUGGACGGGCCUGACUGUUCUUGUGGAAGCCAUGGGUGUAUCGAAGCCUAUGCUUCCGGCAUGGCCUUGCAGAGGGAAGCAAAGAAGCUGCAUGAUGAGGACCUGCUCUUGGUGGAAGGGAUGUCAGUGCCUAAAGACGAAGCCGUGGGUGCACUCCAUCUCAUUCAGGCUGCGAAACUUGGCAAUGCAAAGGCCCAGAGCAUUCUAAGGACAGCUGGAACUGCUUUGGGACUUGGAGUUGUGAACAUCCUCCACACUAUGAAUCCUUCCCUCGUGAUCCUCUCUGGAGUCCUGGCCAGUCACUACAUCCCCAUUGUCAAAGAUGUCAUCCGCCAGCAAGCCUUGCCCUCUGUGCAGGAUGUGGACGUGGUGGUGUCAGAUCUGGUUGACCCCGCUCUACUCGGUGCUGCCAGCAUGGUUCUGGACUACACAACUCGCAGGAUCCACUAGGCCUCCCACGCGUAGAAUGGACUAAGACCCAAGAGCUCCUCAGAGGAAUCAAGUUCUCUUUUAGAUGAGCAUUUCUUUAAAAAGCAGAAUGGUACCAGAGGCAUGGCUCGGGGUACAGUGCCUGCCUAGUAAGUGCAAGGUUCUGAGUUCAAAUCUCAGUAGCACCAAAAAAGAGAAAAGAAAAUUUGAUUCAACUUCUGGUGACAUUGGCAGCCAAAUGUUUUUGCCUUUUGUCUUCGCUUCCAAAAUUCCCUUUGCCAAUGUACAUGUCUGUAGAUGCAGCUUUACUUCGUGUUUCCCUGGUACAUAUCAUUUUAGGGCAAACCUUACAAAUUCCAGUCACAACUUCCUGUGCUACAAAAAUACACCAGGAAGCCUUUAGACUCCACUUACUAAUGUGCUGCUUAGACACCAGGUCUUCCUCGAGUCAGGAGCUUUAAUAAUCCUUCCUCCUCCAAGCUUGGACUCCAGACCACAAAAAGGGAUUCAAUCAGGACAGAAGAAAAUCUUACCAGGAAAGGAUUACCUACACUUUUUCCAAAUGGCUUUAUUGAAGUAGUUUUUCAAGUAUAUAAUUUGAUGUUUUAAUUAAUGUAUAUACCUGUGAAAUCACUGCAAUCAAGAUAUUGAGCAUAUCUGUCACCCCCCCAAAUGUCUUUUUGCAAGGUAUUUUACUCUCAUGGAACUUGUUAAAGACUUUAGGGAUCUGAAUUACAAUGGCCUCAGUGACCUUGUCCUUAUCUUCUUAGGGACUUAAAGCCUCUGAAAGGCAGCUGUCCUCAGAUCCACGCCACUGACCAGCAGACUUGGCUCCCUUCAGCAGCUUUUCAUGCUAUGUUCCUGUAACCCCAGAGAUUCUAUGAUGGCAGUGUUUGUAUGUUUUAUACCUCGAGUACAGAUCUGUGAAUCUGGAUUCGGACUAAAUAAGAAUCUGUGCCUUCUUGUUGAUGGCAAAACAAAAAAAUGGAAGUUCUGCCUAUUAAUUGCAACCUGGAAGUGUCAGCCACAGUUUACUAAGUGCCUACUGUGUCCCAGGAUCUCAACACGUGCUUCAUAUACCUUAUCACAAUCUAUGAGAUAGAUAUUUGAAUUUUAUAAACCCCAGAUU